UUAAAUUAAAACAAAAAAUUUUGAAAUCAGAAUUUCGUGUAAUAAUAAGUGCUAUAAAAAUCAAAAAUACUUCUGCCGUUAGUUUAUGUAUCCAAAGUAAAAUUUUAUCCAAAACUUGAAUUUAAGAAUUUAUUGUCGAAGAAAAACACUGAUUGUAAGACUUCAAAUGAAACUCCAAGGAGUUGACGGCACAACGAAAGCGCAAUAGAAAAGGGAGUAAAAUGAUGAACAUGAAUCCGCCGACGCACCCGCACCCGCACCCGCAUCUCCAGCCGCUGCCGCAUCUGGGCCAGCAUCAGCAACUGCCCGGGUUGCUUCAAGGCCAGCCCAGCACCACCCACUUCGUCGAGUGCCGGGCAUUACCAGCAAUCAACGAGACAUUUCCGCAAUUUGGCCAGCAUCGUCCGGCUAUUUCGCUGCUCUCCCCCCUGGAUCUUUCCUUGCGGGCUGCGGCCAGUGUGGUGCCAAUUACUCCACCAUCGACGCCCUCGCCGCCCCGCAAGCGCCAGAGAUUAAUGUCCGAGGAGAAUUACCUGUGGCGUCCGCACAUGGCAAGUCCGGCGGCUCCAGUUAAUGUUCCUUCGGCCCUUGCAAUGCAGCCAGGCAGUAGCUACUUCCAUCAUCAGCAACAGCAGCAGCAACAGCAACAUCAGCAACAACAGCAGCAUCAACAACAGCAGCAGCAACAUCAACAACAGCAACAUCAUCAGCCACAUGCCAUACGAAACAACUUUGAGGGCGCUUCCUUUAAUAAAAGUCAUUUUCACGGGGCGAAAAAUAACUUAGAGCAAAUUCCGGCGGUUCAAUCGAGCGUCAGUUCGCCCAUCUACGUGGAGGAUGAGACCAUUGUGCUGACCGAGGACGAGGAUGAAACAGUUGUCAGUUCCCAUGACUACAAUGAGUACGCCACGGACACGGAGGAAGUCAACGAGGGCGACGAUGAGACACUGCAGGUUCAAGUCAGCGAUAAUGCCGAGGAUGAUGAGGAGGAGGAGGUGUUCGUGGAUGUCCUGGGCGAUGAUGACGACGAGAAUGAGGGUGAGGUGGUGGACCCGGCCACAAGAUUGCAUGCCCAACUCCAGGAGACCACGGCCCUGAAGCGCAACGAACUGCUGUACGAGGAUGAGACGCUGCAUAACAAGGCCGUCGAUGGUCUGGCCAGACUCUUUGAGCGCGAUUUCCCAGAGCCAGUGGUGGAUGUUGGUGAACUUGCGGAAGUGCAGAGCAACAGCGAGAAAACCUACACGGAUCUGAGUGGCGUGGCAACAGUGGAGAUUGGGGAUACUAGUUCACCCGGCCUGUCACCUCGUCCUCCUCCUCCUCCUCGUGCUCCUGCUCGUGCUCCUGCUCCCGCUCCUGCUCCGCUGCUACCACCAACGCGACCACACAAGCCCGAACGCAAGAAGUCGAAACUCCGGAAACACAUGGCCAUCGAUGAGGAGACCAUAAGCCCCGUCUCCGGCACCAUCAUCCGCAAAUUGCGCGACGACGAGGAGCUGGUGGUGCGCAAAGGCGACAUUGAUCCGGCUUUCAACGUGGUCGAAAUCACCGAGGAGGCCAAGGCCAUCCUGGCCAGCAUCGACAACAAGAUUGGCGACUAUCUGUGCCAGCUUUGUCGCACCGUCUACGACGACGCCUUCAUGUUGGCCCAGCACCGCUGUCCCCGCAUCGUCCACAUCGAGUACAAGUGCUCCGAGUGCGAGAAGGUCUUCAAUUGCCCGGCCAAUUUGGCCUCCCAUCGCCGAUGGCACAAACCCAAAUCAGAUGCUGGCGGCGGUUCAGGUAAUCCCAGCAAGAAGCGCCUUGUCGACACGGGCGAUCUUAUGCUGGAUUCGGGACGAGGUGGCGACGAUGCCAGCGAUGGGAUAUAUCCCUGCCCCAUAUGCGGAAAAACAUUCAGACGGCAAGCUUACCUGAAGAAACACCAGGCCUCCCAUCAGAUGCUGGAUAAUCUGAAGAGCCUCGAUUUCUUCAAGGCACAGCAGCAGCAGAUGGCCAUUAAUGGCCACCAACUGACCGAUCAUGUUCAGCUGCAGCAGACGCCAGGAGGACAGGCGGUUUCAGCUGCCACACCCUACACCUCCCUGCCACGCCCACCGCAGGGAGUGCCCCUCUACCCGACCCCAAAUGGUAAGAACUACGGGACUGGUCAGCGGGGAUUUCCCGGCUUUCCCUUUCAGCCUUUCGACCAGCGACGCUUCUAUUCGCUUGGAGAAUUCUACCUAUCACAGCAUCUGGAGCGCUCCUCGGCCUUCCAAUAUGUGCAGGCCAAUCACCUGAGGCAACUGUCGAAUGUGGCCCAAACGCUGAUGCCGCCACUGCCGGUCAAAUGACCCAAUCCCAAUACGAAUGUCCUGCGGCCCGUGCCCCGCAUUGCUGCCACAACAACUGCAACAGGACCUCCGGCGGCUACGGCGACCAGCAGACAAGUGGCAACUUCCGCGGCGGUGUCCUCCGGCUGCCACGCCUUCAAUUGGGUGGCUCCUUCGACUGCAAGUGCAACGGGAAAUGCAACUGCCACGGCAACUCCUGUCGAGUCCGGCGGCAACGUUAUCUUGUGACUU